AGAUAUCCACUCAGCAAGCAAAGUGAAAUUUGCCUGGGGAGGAAAGAAGUUACGGUGUCGUCUUUACCUGUGUAUUCACCUUUAUUCUAGAGUUAGUUUGUUCUUUGUGUUGCAUUCAUCAGUCCCUAGUGGUAGUGAGUAUUGGCGUGUGAACUGCUCACUUAGAAUCAGUGUCUGUCGGAUCAAUGUGAGGCGAGAGAGCCUGAAUUCUUGAGAAAGUGGACAAAAAAAAUUGGAAUUGCACACAGUUCCUCCUCGAUUCAUCCACUCUUCCCGGGGGUCUGUUUCUGUUGGUGUGCUGCUAGCACCGUCUAUGUUGAUUUACCCAUGUUAGUGCAAACCUGUGUGCGUACAGUCGUUGUAGCUUCAACGCCGUGAAGACAUGCUAUGUUGCCUCGUGGCAGAUCCUCCCUGACGGACGCUGUACUCCGCAGCUGCGAUCGUCCCGUGGGCAGCAGUGCCCGCCGACUGCAUCGGGUCGCGUUUCGCGUCGGCCCUGAUGCUGUCUUCGGCGGCGGCGGCGAUGGCGGCGGCUGUGCGCGUUACUUCAGCAUGUCCGCCAGACUGUGUAGGACGCACUACGAAACCCUGGGCGUGACACGGGCGGCCAAGCCGGGCGAAAUCAAGACAGCGUUCUACGACCUGUCGAAGAAGUGGCACCCGGACAAGCACGGCGGCAGCAAGACGGCCACGAUGAAGUUCCAGGAGAUCUCGGAGGCGUACGGAGUGCUGAGCAAUGUGUCCAAGAGGCGCGACUACGACAUGAAAAGCGGCUUCAGUGGCGGCGCGCGGCCAGGCGGGGCCACGUCGCACGCGAGCACCUCGGAGCAGCACUGGCGUCGUCACCAUGCCAACCAGCAACACGGCGGUGCCGACCCGUUUAACCCGUUCACGCGCCCCGGUGGCACGAUGCCGCCGCACAUACGACAGCGCUACUACCGCGAACGCACCCAGUUCAACUUUGACGAGUGGUACAGGCAGCACUACGGGCCCGACGGCUACAACAGAAGCGGCCCGUCGUCGCCAUGGACACGCAAUCGCCGUCAGCGCCCGGAGCCGAAGUUGGCGCACGCGCAGGAGAUGAGAGCCAGAUUACUCGCCGCCUGCAUCAUCAUCUUCAUCUACUCCGGCAUCUCGUCGUUGUCACGGCGACAGGAGCGCAACUACAACCAAUGGUGAGGCAGACUACAUGUAUAACCAGCGAUAAAGCGGAUACUUGCUGCACGUGGCGUUGUCAUCGCCAUUGCAGUAUGUUGGUGCUUGGCUACUUGCGGGUGCUUGCUGCACUUAGUUAUCAACAUUGCAGUAUGGUUGUACUGCGCUACUGGAGUGUGCAGCGUAUUCACAGCACUCUCUCUCACCGUCACUGGAUGUGCAUGGUCUGCAUGUGCGCCACAGCACGAUGUUUCCGUGCGACGAUGGACGCCGGAGCGUGCACUCCCCUCUCUUAUCCCUUUCCCUCGUCCUCCGUUCUGUCUUGUGUGUGUGUGUGUCUGUGUGUGUAAAAUCUGUGGGAGCUGGCCUCCAUGAUUGCUGUCGUUGUUCUUGUUGUUAUGUUCGCGUCCUGUCAAUCACCAUCAUGUCGGUGGUGUUGCUGGCCGUAUGCAUGUAACCCGAUUGCUGUGUACUAAGAAUAGGAUAUUAUUUUCCCCGUCUUCACAGUCCGUUUCUUUGUUUCAUGUCUGCUGCGAUGUACAUACGUACCUUUGUGAGAUGCUCCCCCCCCCCCCCCCCCCCCCCCCCCCACACACACACGCCAAUAACACCAACAGCAGAAGCUACUGUAGUGUAACGAUACGGCAGACGAGGUCCAUGCACACACACACACACACACACACGCUCGUAAGAUCCUCGCGCAUGCACACACUCGUAUCUGUACAUCUCCAUGCUGCCUCAUUGGCCUCGUUUCCAUUAUCUUCCGUUUUAUUUGUAGAUACUCAGUGACUGUCCCGCACACAACUCCCGAGGUGCUUUCCCUUCGGAAUAGAAACGGCCUCGUGGACACAUGUUUUGAUAUCGUUUCUUUUGACAUCGGAAUACGUCAGGUCUCGAAGCAUUCCGCUGUUUCGUAUUUAUUGGUUUUAUACUCGCCCAUCAUUAAUAAUUUAAUGUGCCAGGAAUUUCUACAGUCCAUUCAUUGGAAACUGGCACCCUAACUUUUUGGUGUCUCUGUCACAUAGUUGUAGAUAUCGUGAAAACAACAGUACAUCCUGCAUUGUGUGACCCGUGCAAUUACUCCUUGCCACAUUUGAGGCCAGAAAAGUCCAAGAACAGGGAAAUAGAAAUUCAGCCAGGUUUUACAAAAUUAGGACAGGUAUGCCAUGGCAAAAUGUAUGGAGAAGCAGAUCCAAAACCCAGAUUUUUGAGAUUUAAAGUGGGUUUUUGAUUCUCAAUUCGGCCCAAAUCCGACUUUCAAAAGCCAGCGGGCCAGUUUCCGAUGAAUGGACUGUAGUGCUACAGGUGCUGCAUUUUCAAAUUUUGUUUUCAUCAAAAAUCGUAUAAUUAUGUUAUUUAGUAGAUGGCCGCUCAAUGGCCAACGAAA